UAUUGAGUCAGUAAUACAGUCUUUGAUCUGGUGUCUCAUCAACAACACGCUGAUGUAUAUUCUUUUCCUAUUCUCUUAUUCUUUUCUAUUUUCAAAUUAUUAAAUUUUUAUGAACUUUGAUAAAUAACACAUGCGCGUAGUAUCAAUUUAUAGUUUUCGCAAAUAUUUUCAAAAUUAAAUUAUAAUUUUAAAAAGUAGAAAAAUGAAUUUAGUUACACCAUCGAUAAAACAGAUAUUACAAAAAAUGUACAGUAAAAAGCUUUAUUUGGCUGCCUACGUACGAUUGCAUCAUUGUACUGGACCUAUAACUCAAUUUUCGGAAGAAGAACUUAUGAUGAAAGAAAGUGUUGCUAAAUUCGCGAAGGAGGAAAUUGCACCGCUCGUGCAAAAAAUGGAAAAAGAGGGGAGAAUAGACGAUGGAUUGUUACGAAAGCUUUUCGAAAAUGGUUUAAUGGGCAUUGAAGUACCGGAAAAAUACGGUGGUUCUGAAUGUAAUUUCAUGACAACAGUUUUAGCUGUUGAAGAAGUUGGCAAAGUUUGUGGAUCUGUAGCAGCUCUAGUCGAUAUUCACAAUACUUUAGUGAACUCAUUAAUUACGAAAGUUGCUACGGAAGAACAGAAAGCAAAAUAUCUACCAAGAUUAACGGGACAGCAUGCGGGAAGUUUUUGUCUUACAGAGCCUGGUUCAGGAUCAGAUGCUUUUUCUUUGAAAACUGAAGCGAAAAAGGAUGGAGCUGAAUAUGUGAUAAAUGGAACAAAAAUGUGGAUUUCGAACUCCGAUAUCGCAGGAUUAUUUCUUGUUUUCGCAAAUGCAAAUCCUUCUGUUGGACAUCGUGGCAUUACAACGUUUUUUGUAGAACGAGAUACACCUGGAUUAAUAAUCGCCAAACCUGAGGAUAAGCUAGGAAUUAAAGCAUCGGGUACAUGUAUGAUUCACUUCGAUAAUGUCAAAGUCCCCGAAGAGAAUAUUUUAGGAGAAUUUGGACAAGGGUAUAAAUAUGCUGCUAAAUUUUUAAAUGAAGGCCGAAUUGGUAUUGGAGCUCAAAUGAUUGGUAUAGCACAAGGUUGCUUUGAUGCCACCAUACCAUACACGUUAGAAAGGAAACAAUUUGGAAAGGAUAUAUUCUCAUUUCAAUCUAUGCAACAUCAAAUUGCUCAAGUAGCCACUGAACUUGAAGCUGCCAGGUUAUUAGUUUAUAAUGCUGCUAGAUUAGUCGAUGCUAAAAAGAAUGUAAUGAAAGAGGCUGCCAUGGCAAAACUAGUCGCUUCUGAAAUGGCUUUGCGUGUUACUGCAAAGUGUAUCGACUUUAUGGGUGGCGUAGGAUUCACAACAAGUUUUCCUCAAGAAAAAUAUUUUAGAGAUUCUAAAAUCGGUACUAUUUACGAGGGCACUAGUAACAUGCAAUUGUCAACUAUAGCCAAAUGCAUUCGUCAACAGUACUCAUAAAUAUGUUCUUAUAAUCAAUGUUUGAAUCAAGAUUUAUUUUAUAUUUUAUUUUUUAUAGCUACUUUUUAUAAUUAUCUUUUAUACAUUUUAGCAUUUUAUAAAUUUUAUUAAUAAAUUUAUAUUGAUGUUAUUAUUGUUUAAAACUGGAUUCAUUUCGGAUCGUGAGGUAAUUUAAAUCCGACAAGAUCUGCAGUUUCUUUGAUACUUCGUUCGCCUUUGCCAGUAUAUCGAAUUUGAAUCUCUUUACAUACUCGUUGAGAAUUUAGAUAACAAAGAUAUGUUUCUGCUAAAUUUU